AUGGUUGCCAUUAUUGAGAACACAACAAAACAGUUUGGUAAAGAGAAGCCUAUAGAGUCUGAACCUGUAACACAGGUACUCGAAAAAUCAAAGCUACCAAAGGCAACAGAACAAAAGGGUGAAGCAAUAGAUGGUGACCAGGCCCCAGCAAUGACAUCAUCAGAAAUGAAAGAAAUUGCAGUUACAGAAAAAAAAUAUACAAUGGCUGUUGCUCCCAAACCAGAAUCAGAAGGGUAUGAUUCAGAGCCGAUUAUGAUUGAAGUGGCUGCAAUCACAGUGCUCGCACAAAAUUAUACUGCUACAGAAAUAGAGGUUAGUAAUAUAAGCGAACAGAACAGUGAAGCAGAUAAAAAAGCUAAGCUAAAAUGUGAACCUCUUGAAAAGGUAACAGAAAAAAAGGCAAAUGAGUUGCAGGUAGACAAAACCGAAAUUAAAGAUGAAAUACCAGCAGUAAUGGAAAUAACCCCCAUUGCACAGGUAUCACCACUGACCUCUGAAGUUACAUCAGAAAUACCAGAAGUUGCUGUGUCUGAGAUACAAUCACAAGUAGAGAAUGAACUCCAGAAAAUUCCAGUGGUAACAGAAGUGAAAGUAGAGACAGCUGUAGGAACUGAACUGGAAGUGGAGACACCAGUUGCCACAUCAGUGGUUACAGAACUUGAAGUAGAAACACCAGAGGUUACACCUAUGGCAAAAACAACUGAUACUCUCAAUUCUGCUGUUGCGUCACAAAAUCAAAACAUAGAUACUGACACAUCAGUGUUGACAACAGUGAUCAAAGAACAAAUGUUGGAGAUUUCCACUGUUGUUUCUGUGGUAGUGACACCAGCUACACCUUUAGAUGAAACACCUGUUGUAACUCUAGGCAAUGAGUCAAAGGAUGUACCUCCAGUAAAAGACACACCUGCUGUGACUGAAGCAGUAGAAACACCAAAUGUUGGAUCAGUGAUUGUGAGGACUGCUGUGGCCCCAGUAGUAGAGAUACAGAACGUGAUUCCAGUGGUAGCAACACAAGAUCUUGGUUCAGUAAUAGUAACAGAAGCUGCAUCUCCAGUAAUAAGUACAGCAACAGUGACUACAGUAGCAGAAGCAACAGUUGUGAGCACAGUUGUAGAAAUGCCUGUUUUUUCUGUAACAGCAGUAAAAUCAACUCCAGCUGUGGUAGAGAAAACAGCUGUGUCACCUGUUGUAGAAAUCCCAGCUACAGUAACAUCUGUUGUGCAGACUCCAGCUGUUGUUUCAGUGGCAGAGACUGUACCUCCAGAAGAGGUUACACUAGAUGUGACCCCAUUUGCAGAAACAACUGUGAGCCAAGUAAUUGAAACUCCCAUUGUUUCCAUCACAUCAGUAAAGCCAACUGUACCUGCAGUGACAAAGACACCAGUCACUGAGAUACCAGCUAUGAUUUCAGUGACAGUAGCAGAAGCUGUAUCUCCUGUAGAAGUUACAUCGGCUGGAACUCCAGUACAACCAGAAACAAUUAUGAUACCAGAAGUAGAAACUUCAGUAGUAAUUUCAACUGUAGAGACAUCACUUGUGACACCAGUGGUACAAACACCAGCUCAGAUUUCAAUAAUUGCAACAGAUGCAGGACCUCCAGUUACACCACCAGCAACUGCAGCAUCAGAAACAUCAGCUGUGAUCCCAGCUGUAGAAACCCCUGUUAUAAAGUCAUCUCCAGUUGCAGUGGAUGAGAUACCAGUUGUGACCCCAGAGGUACAGACACCAGGUCAGGUUUCAGUGAUGGUAACAGAGACUGCCCUUCCAACAGUUGUUUCAGCAGAGACUGCAGCAGUAGAAACACCUGUUGCGAUCCCAGUAGUAGAAACUCCUGUUGUAAAGGCAACUCCAGCUGCAGUGGAUGAGACACCAGUUGUGACACCAGUGGUACAGACACCAUGUCAAGUUUCAGUGAUGGUAACAGAGACUGUCCCUCUGCCAGUUGUUUCAGCAGAGACUGCAGAGGUAGAAAUACUUGCUGAGAUCCCAGUACUAAAAACUCCUGUUAUAAAGUCGACUCCAGUUGCAGUGGUUGAGACACCAGUUGUGACCCCAGUGGCACAAAAACUAGGUCAGGUUUCAGUAAUGUUAACAGAAACUGCACCUCCAGUAGUUGUUUCUGCAGUGACUGCAACAAUAGAAACAACACCUGUUGUGAUUCCAGUAGUAGAAAUGCCUGUUGUAAAGCCAACUGCAGUUGGAGUGGUUGAGACACCAGUUGUGACCCCAGUGGUACAGACACCAGGUCAGGUUUCAGUGAUGGUAACAGAAACUGCCCCUCCAGUAGUUGUUUCUGCAGUGACUGCAGCAGUAGAAACACCUGUUAUAAUCACAGUAGUAGAAAGUCCAGUAGUAAAGCCAGCACCAGUUGCAGUGGUUGAGACACCAGUGAUGUCCCCAAUGGUACAGACACCAGGUCAGGUUUUAGUGGCAGUAACGGAGGCUGCACCUCCAGUAGUUGUUUCAGCAGUGACUGCAGCAGCAAAAACACCUGUUGUGAUCCCUGUAGUGGAAACUCCAACUCAAUUUGUUGUGGAAGAGACACCAGUUGUAACCCCAGUUAUGAUGACACCAAUAACGGAAAGGUCAGUUGUGAGCCUAGUAAAAGAAACUACCGCAGAAGCACCAGCCGCAAUUUCAAUGGAAGAGAGACCUGUUAUGAUCCCAGUGGUACAGACACCAUCUCUGGUUUCAGUGAUUGCAAAAGAGGCUGCACCUCCAGUAAUUCUACCAACAGUGACAGCAGGAGCAGAAACAUCAGUUGUGAGCCCAACAGUAAAGGUAAACCCACCAGUGGCAGAGACACUAGUUCCACUACCAGAAGUACCUUCUGUGAUCCCAGCAGUACAAACACCAGUUGCAGAGCAGGUAGUACAGACACCAACAACACCAGCCGUGCCCUUGGUAAAGGCAACAUCAGUUGUAACUGGGAUGGAGGCACCUGCUGUGAAUACAGUAGUCCCUGUGAUGAUGACACGAACUAUUACCCUAGUUGUAGCUCCACCUGUUGUGACACCGGAAGUAAAGAAAGCAAUGUUGUCGGUAGUUGAACAGGAGAAAAAGGAAGCAAAGGCAGAGGCUUCAGUUGUAUCUCAAAAUGUUGAACCACCAUUUGUGGUUGCGAAAGAGGUAAAGACAUCAGUUUUAACUGAAGAGUGUGUAUCAGAUGAAGAAAAUAGGAAGGCUUCCUUGCAGCAUGAGCCUGUGGUUACUUCAACAGAACCUCAGUCAGAAGUAGAGGAGGAUGUGUGGGAGGAUGCUGUAGAUAAUAUUGGAGAUUCCCCGUGUCAGGUGACAUACACAGAGGGUGCACACCAAGAUACUGCUGCUAAACAAGCAUCUGAUGCUGCAAUUUGAUAGUGACGUGCUAAACCAAUUGAAAGAUGUGAGUGAGUUGGUGCAAGUUUAACAAGGAAAAUUCAGAACAUUUUACAUCUGGAAGAGGCUGUGCUCAGCACAAAAUCAGCUCGGACUCACAUUUCUCACAACAAAGAAAUGAACAAACCACUGAGAAGUAAAAUUGGAUCAUUAAAGUUCCAUUAAGCAAAACUGAAACCAAAAACAGUAGUUAUUCAGUGGAGAGGUUGUUCUUUGACCAAUCACUACAUUUUUACAUUUUACUUAGAUGCAGAAAAUAUUUCAACAUAUGUAACCCUUUAAAAGCAGCUAUUUUGUCAUAUUUUUACUAAGGAUAUUUGUCAAUGUAUGAAUUUUUUUUAUCCUGAUUCAGACAUUAGCGUGAUCUUAUGCCACAUUAUAUCAUGUUGUAUUACAUAUCUAAAACAAAAUGUUUUCUUAAAAUAUAAAACAUUUGUACACAUGCAUUAUAUCCUGACCGUUUGCCAUGUUUAGCAUAACACAAUAAUUGUUAUUGUGGAAGGAAGUGCAAUACCUGGUAUUAAGAUAUGUACUAAAUCAAAGGUAAUGUUGUUUUGAACCAUCACAUGCCUCUACAUGUGAUAUAAAUCAAGAAGGAAUUUAUUUUAUACUCUAAAUAUGAUGUACACUUUACCAAAGCUAUAAUGAGCAAAUCACAAUCAUGUUACAUCAAAGAGAGGUUUAGAUAGUAUUCAGUCAGAUGUAGUCACUUAAUGACUAAAAAUAAGAUUGUUUUAACUUGUUUUACAAAGAACAGUCAAAAUCUUAUCAAACUCUUGAUUUAUUUUUGUAAUUUGCCAUUUUAAUUUACAGAAACACCCAAUUUCAGAACAUAUUUGACUAAAGUUUUGGCAAAAAAAUUGAAGCAUGCAAACUAAUGUUGGAAUUACUGGCUUUUCCCCAUUAUAAUAUACAAGCGGCCUUGCCUGUUUUAAGGGCAUUUGCAUCUGGCCUGAUAAAAUAAGCCAUUACAGUAUUGAAAUCUAAAUUUUAACUUAUUCUAAUAUACUACUAAGGAGUGUUUGAAACCAUCUGUUCAGACUGAUUAUACAGUCUAUGCAUCUUUGAAGAAAUUGCAAUAUUACCAAUCAAUUAAAUAUAAGAGUGUAGUAUUGUUCCUGGAUUUUGAAACAUUUAAAAAUGUAUGGUUUAAUACAAAUGAUAAUUUCAGGUUUUAUUUAAAUAAAAGAAACUACCAAUUUU